GAGGAUGUACAUACAUGAUCCAACUGCCUUAACAUUGCAGGGGUAUGACAUCCAUCAAGUCUAGGAAAGCUAUGUAUGUGCACGAACACUUGCCUCUUUCCUGUCAAUUUUGGUUUAUCUGCGGCGGCCACCUCAUACAAUCAGGGAGAGGCGGUGUGGUUGAUAUUUUUGGCAAAGAAUAUGCAACUUCAAUCUCUGAAACUGGACUAUCGAACCCAAGAAGUCGUUCAAGUUCAUCUGAUUUCACAGGCUCUUGUAGUGGAGAGGAAGGAGGUUUAUCUUUUGAUCCUCUUGCAAUAAUGGAUAUAAAUCUCUGGGACCUGUCUCGAUCUGAUAUGUUCAAUGAGGCUACUGGGGUGCCGGAAGAAACAAGUGAUAGUGAACUAUUAGAGAAGCUUGGAAAGUCCCAGCCAGAGGUUGAAAAAUUAAAAAGAGAAGUACAUGAAGAGUCACGCAGGCGUGUUAAAGCUGAGAAAGCUACCAUUGAAGCUAAUCGCAAGGUAAAGUUUCUUGUUAUCUAA